AUGUUGACUUUUUGUUCUAGCACUGACUCUAACAAUUAUCUCAGGGGUAGAAAAGGGGGAGAAGGAGAUGGCUUAUGUAACCCAGCUUGGCAUGACACGGUUGCUAGGCUCCACUUUUGGGAAACUAUUCCUAUGAACCUGUUGAAUAAUUUGAGAGGGGUUGUCUUUUUGUCCUGCGCCUUUGCCUUUGAUUGUGUUGCUUGCCCUGACCACGAACCAGAAAUCGAAACCAUGACUUCUAACACACCAAACUCCGGGGAACCAUUUGUUCCCACCAAGCUCAUCAAGCAUUUUCAGGCGAAUCACACAACCCGUGACGCCCAGACCAGUGGGUGGUCGGCGUUGUGGGACUCGCAGCAGAACGAUCUCUGGGACAGGGGGAAGCCAUCGCCUGCCCUUAUUGACUUGAUCGAGUCUGCUCCAUGGCCGUCGCGUGAGCGAAGGAGGCCAAAGGCGUUGGUGCCGGGCUGCGGAAAAGGCUAUGACGUCGUGAUGCUGGCCCUGCAUGGGUUCGAUGUGUAUGGGCUUGAGGUCUCACCGACCGGUGUCGAGACUGCGAGGGCUUAUGCCGCGAAGCAACUAGAUGCACCCCUUGCACACAACUAUGGAGAGGGGAAUCAAGAAAGGUACCCGAAGGAUCAGCGGGGAGAGGUAACGUUUAUGGCUGGUGACUUUUUCAAGCGCGACUGGGAGGGCAAGUGUGUGCGCGAGGGGGAGACCUUUGAGGGUUUCGAUCUUAUCUAUGAUUACACUAUGCGUCGAGACUGGGGCCGUCGAAUGGGAGAAUUGCUCGGACCUCAACCUGCAAAGCUGGUUUGCCUCGAAUUUCCCCUCUACAAAGACCUCAAGCUUCCUGGUCCACCAUGGGCCUUGAGAGAAGGAAUCUAUUACGAUGUGUUGGCUGGCGGUGGGACCGGGGUUUUUGAUAAUGACGAAGCAGCCCAAUCGGCCCUGCAACGGCCCAACAAGGGACCGCUGGAGCGAGUGGCCCGUAUCAGGCCUUUUCGGACGUAUCCGCAAGGAGAAGGAACUGAUCAUCUGGGCAUCUGGCAGGUCAAAAGCUGGUAA